CUAAACAGACGGAGGGGUGAUGCAUUGUGUUCAGUGUCAGUACUGCACCUACAGAGGAGAGGACGCACGGCAGCACCGCCGGCCACAAUAAACCCAGAGUUUGCGGAGAGGCGCCUUUCAAGACGAAUCAUUAUUUCUGCAGCGUUUACUGGACUGUGUAGUCUUGCGCUUUUGUUGCCAUCAGUCUCAGGGCUGCAGGAGGAAAAGCUGCGGAGGACUCGCCUCCUAUCAGCCCGAUCUGUCGGUGGCGGAAGGGACGUGAUAUGAACCCUUCGUCGGUUUAAACGGCAGUGCAGCUAAAUAUUCCCUUUUCCCUGAGGGGUUAGUGGAGGAUCCAAAGGACGUUUCUACCUUUAACCUGCAGCUGAAGGCCCGAGAAAUACUGACAGCGAUGCCCGGGUUUGAUUACAAGUUUCUGGAAAAACCAAAGAGACGGUUCCAGUGUCCGCUCUGCAGCAAGGCGAUGCGGGAGCCCGUCCAAGUGUCUACCUGUGGACAUCGGUUCUGUGACACCUGUCUGCAAGAAUUUCUAAGUGAGGGUGUCUUCAAGUGUCCAGAGGACCAGCUGCCGCUGGACUAUGCCAAGAUCUACCCAGACCCAGAGUUGGAGCAGCAGAUCCUGGCACUGCCCAUCCGCUGCAUCCACAGUGAGGAGGGCUGCCGCUGGACCGGCCAGAUGAAGCAGCUGCAGGGCCACUUCUCCACCUGCGCCUUCAAUGUGAUCCCCUGCCCCAAUCGCUGCUCCGUCAAGCUGACACGACGCGACUUGCCUGACCACCUGCAGCACGACUGCCCCAAGCGCAAGGUCAAGUGCGAGUUUUGUGGCAGUGAGUUCACCGGUGAAGCCUAUGAGAACCACCAGGGUGUGUGUCCUCAGGAGAGUGUUUACUGUGAGAAUAAGUGUGGGGCGAGGAUGAUGCGUCGCCUCCUGUCCCAGCACAGCAUGGCAGAAUGUCCCAAACGCACCCAGCCCUGCAAGUACUGUGGCAAGGAGUUUGUCUUUGACACAAUUCAGAACCACCAGUACCACUGCCCUCGGUUUCCUGUCCAGUGCCCAAACCAGUGCGGUACACCCAACAUCGCCCGAGAGGACCUGGCUAACCAUGUGAAGGACAACUGUGGCAGUGCGCUCGUCCUCUGCCCUUUCAAAGACGCCGGCUGCAAACACAGGUGCCCCAAAUUUGCCAUCGGUCGCCACCUGGAAGACACCACUAAGUCUCACCUGACUAUGAUGUGCAACCUAGUGGGUCGCCAGCGGCAGGAGAUCUUGGAGCUGCGGAGGGAGAUGGAGGAGCUGUCUGUCAGUCACGAUGGCAUCCUCAUCUGGAAACUCAAUGACUACUCCCGCAAGCUCCAGGAGGCCAAACUUCGAAGCAACCACGAGUUUUUCAGCCCGCCCUUUUACACCCACCGCUAUGGCUACAAGCUGCAGGUGUCAGCCUUUCUGAACGGUAACGGCAGUGGUGAGGGCUCCCACCUCUCUGUCUACAUCCGUGUGCUGCCGGGAGAGUAUGACAGCCUGCUGGAGUGGCCCUUCUCCUACAAGGUGACAUUUUCCAUCCUGGACCAGAGUGACCCGUCACUUUCCAAGCCCCAGCACAUCACAGAGACCUUCAACCCCGAUCCCAACUGGAAGAACUUCCAAAAGCCUUGCAGCAGCCGUAACUCGCUGGACGAGAGCACCCUGGGCUUCGGCUAUCCCAAGUUCAUCUCGCACGAGGAGAUCAAGAAGAGGAACUACAUCCGAGACAACUGCAUCUUCAUCAAGGCUUCUAUAGAGAUUCCCCAGAAAAUAAUGGGUUAAGAUCCAUCUUUUGUUUUUGUUUUUAUGAAGGAGAAAGAUAGGUUAAAGACUGGAACUGAUGCUUAACCUUGAAAACUUCUACACACUUACCCUUUAGAUACAUUCUACCCUUCCAGCUACUCCACCACAGAGCUUGAAACGAGUCUGUGAUAUAUCACAGAGGAGAAAGUGUUUGGUCUGCAGAACCAUCACUCUCUGGUGUUUCUUUUUAUUACUUUUUAAAAUCUGUUUGCUGACCUUUUAUCAUGGAGUACAACAAAAAGCCUUGGAAAUCAAACAGUGCCUAGAGAGUUUAUCUUAAGUUUUAUUUUUGUUGUUAUUUCUGCAGUACCGAUGUUGAGGAUUAUGGAAGAGAUAUAAAAUAAGGGUGAAGUUCUUCACUAAGCCUCUGCACUUACAGUAAAGUCAAAGUUACACUUUGGGGACAGGCAUCCCUUUUUUAUCUGGGAUGAUUUAACAUGGGAUGAGUUCAACAGACUCAAAUUCAUGCCCAACUGCCUUUUGUGUACAUGUAUACUCCCUCUGAUCCCUUAGCAAACACAGUUCUUGGUAAGUGACUGCUUCUGAGGUUUGUGUCCAUUCAAACAAACUGAUCAAUGUCUUCAGGUGAGAAACUUGCAUCUCCAAAUGUAGUAACUUUGUUGGUUUAAAGGAAUGAUUCAACAUUUUGGGAAAUGUGCUUUUCUGCUUCAUUGCUAAAAGCUAAAUGACUGGAUCACCUUUUCAUUUCUGUUAAAUAACCUAUGAAGAUACACCCAGCACUAUUUAGAAAUAGCCCUUUGUUCAACAGCAAAUUGUUGUUUUACAGGUUGUUUAUUGUUUGCAUUAAACACCAAGAUAUAAUAUCUUAAUUACCUUUAUACCUAUGUGAUAAACAUGAAGCUAGCACCAGCGCCAGCUACUAGUGAAAAUAUUUAACUUAACAUCCAUCCAUUAUCUUCCACUUAUCCGAGGCCGGGUCAUGGGGGCAGCAGGUCCAGCUGGGUGGCCCACAUGUCCUUCUCCCUAGCAACACUUUCCAAAUCCUCCUGGGGGACCUUAAGGCAUUCCCAGGGUAGAUGGGAUAUAAAAUCCCUCUAGCGUAUUCUGGGUCUACUCUGGGGCAUCCUACCAGUUGGAUGUGCCUGGAAAACCUCCAAUGUGAGGCACCCAGGAAGCUUCCUAAUCAGAUGCCCAAACCAUGGCAGCAUACUUGGAGGUGCUGAUUUCCAUUCCAGCCACUUCACAUUUGCGUGCAAACUGCACCAAUGCAUGCUGGAAAUCUUGUUCUGAUGAAGCCAACAGACCAGGACAUCAUCUGCAAAAAAGCAGAGACAUGAUUCUGAGGCCCCCAAAUUGAACACACUCCUCCCCUCUGACAUUAACUUAACCUGAAGACUGGAAACAGCUAGUCUGGCUCUACCAGAAGGUUUUCUUUCAGAUUAACAAGAUACAGUGUAAAAUAUACUUUAGAGAGGAUAGUAGGCAAUUUGUUACUUUCAGACUGUUUCAAUUGAGCUGUAGCUUCAUUUAAAGUAUAGUUUAAUAUUUUUGGAAACAUGCUUAUUUGCUUUCUUACAAAGAGUAAAAUGAACACUAUUCUCAUCUGUUUGCUAAAAAUAAAUCUACAUCCAGCAGCCAGUUUAUACACUAGAAACCGUGGGAAAGCAGCUAGUCGGAUUCUGUUUUAUACAUAUUAAGCAAAACCUAAUGUGUUAAUUAGUAAGGAUAAAAGUUGUUGGUAGAUUAAUUUAGUUAGAUUUGGCCAGAGCCAGGCUAGCUGUUUCCUGUUUAAGUCUUUAUGCUAAGCUAAGCUAACCAGCUGCUGGUUGUAACCUCAUGCCAAACAAAAGGAUUUUGGACAUCUAAGUCUCGUAUUUAUUAUAAUAACCAAAAUGUUGAACUAUUCCUUCAAAUGAAAUAUGCCACCCCACCUGCAAUUCCUUACAACAGAAAUGCAGCUGUCAUGCUAACGGGAAGCAGUCUUUUUUUCAAAAGUUGACAAGACAAGAUUGAAAUUACAGAUGCAUCAUUUAAGUAACCUGCCCCCAUCGAAGGCACUGUCUUUGACUUGUGUUUGUAUGUAGACUGACAUAGUCAUAUAUCACUUCAGGAGAGUGCCAGUUUACCAAACACCCUGUGAGGCUUUGCAACUAUUAUGUAAUCAACCAAUAGCAGUAAAACGCACCUUUCCUCGGAUGCCCAGAGCAGACAAAGAGGCUACCUGUUGGAGUACACAUGCAUUUAAUAGUGAAGGAAAAGCCAUGAAAAUGUUCUUAUACAGUAUGUCUUUCUAUGACGUUUUAGGAGCGAGCAGGACAACAUAAACACAUGCAUGCUUCAUGUGCUACCACCUGGACCACAUUUUUGUACUGUAACCUGUAUUCUUGAAAUCCUCUCCUGUUCAUUGUUGAUUUGUCUCUUUUUUGUACCAUUUGAAAGUUGACAGAUUGUCUAAAGGAAUAUGGUUUUUAAGUUUUAUAUACAGAAAAUGUGAACGCUGUUGAAAAUAUGACCUAUAAAGACAAUGAACACUUGGCUGUGAAGUGUAACUGUUUGACAUAGCCUGAGCCUGGAUGGUGCACGGAGGCUGGCUACGAUGGUUAAUGGCAUGGUCUCUGCAGAUAUGUGGGUACCUCAGGACUGACUGCACCCUUAUUGUUACCAUGGUCACCAUCUUCAGCGCAGCACACGAUGUGACUGAGGAGCAUUUGGAGGGAAGCAGUGCGAUCCGCCUGUCUUCAUCACAGCACCAUCAGAGGGAUGGAGGACUAUGAUGAUACAGUUACACUCAUGACGUAUGUGAAUACUAGUGUAAAAAUGCAGGAGCACAUUCUGUCUUUUUAUUAUUAUACAUGGAAAAAAAAUCUUGAUUUCUUGUCAUAAUACCAGCUGAUAUUUUACAGUGAUUUAAAAAAGUGAGAAGAAAAAGCUUUUGUAAGAUUCUGUAUUUUUAAAUAUACUUAACUGUUUUAUACAAACACUUUUCGUUGGAGUCGACUUGGGGAAUUUUCUGACCCUUUUGUCUCUUGGACAUAUGGAUAAAUUGUUUGUCCGUGUGAUUUGAGCCUCACAUAUUCUGUCUGUAUUAUUUCCUCCUAAAUGUAUUUAUUUUAAAAAGCCACUGUGUGACUUUGCACUGAUGGCACAAAUGUUUUAAUAUGUAGAUCGAUGAGUGCUUGUCAUUUUCUUAAUUGAAAUAAA